AUGGGCUCUACUGACAGGUUUCAGACAUCGAGCAUCAAGAUCAGCGACGUGACGUAUAGCUCCAUCGUCGGAACAUCAAUCACAGAAAAGGUCCAUGAAAAGCAAGAUACCGGAGAAGUUGAUGUCCUCACCAAAGGAGACAACAAUUAUGGGGAUGACAGGCUCUUAUAUGCUCAAGGUCAGCUCUAUCUUCAACGGCAUCAUAUCAUGGGCAGAGCUGUUGGGUUCCUGCCUUAUGUUGGCUGGGUGACUAUAAUCAUGACCGAAAAGCCAAUUGUCAAGUAUAUUCUCAUCGGAGCAUUGGGGUUGCUUGUUAUAACUUCCAAAGAGUGACAGUCGAAGCAAAUCGAAGGUGCGGCCAAAUCCGAAGGAGAUCCGACUCAACAAUCUCCAACUUCUUGUACCCUCUCCUUUGUAUUGGUCAUUUCUUACUUUUGUAUACCGAGAAUGGAAUAGCUGGCUAAUGUUUUGAUAAUUUAAGACGCGGUUAGAAAGAUAUUGAAGGAGGCUUC